AUGAUAAUUGGCGGAGGAGAUAUUCUCUUUUCUAUAAAAUGUCUCAUUGAUCACAGAAGCACUUGUGCACACAGUACCGUCACAAGAUGUCCCGCUGGCUGCGACUGUACAGCUGAACAAUCCGGCGCCGGUACAUUCGUCGAUUGCAAAGGCCGAGGACUAAAACGAAUUCCGACAACUUUUCCGGACGACGCGAGGACGAUCGAUCUGUCGGACAACGAAAUCACCAGGCUCGAUGAAAUCCAGGAACUUGAGCAGCUGAUUACGCUGAACUUGGCGAACAAUCGGAUAUCCGAAAUCGAUCAAGAUUUUUUCGAUGACCUCGACGCUCUUACCACCCUCCACCUCUCUCACAAUCAUUUACGAUUUAUCGAAGACGAUGUUUUCGAGUGGGGCCCUGAAAACCUUCGGCGAUUUUACGUCGAUCACAAUCGUCUUGAAUCCAUUACUCACUUCACAUUCAACAACUUUGAAAGUCUUGAAACACUUGACAUCUCCUCCAACUUCCUCUUCUAUAUCGACGACAACGCAUUUGAAGACCUCGAAAACUUGCGAUCAAUCCGUCUUCACAACAACUCCCUUGUGAGUUUUCGUCCUCACUGGUUUGAGGACAUUCUCUACAACUCUAUCGACAUCACCCUUCAUGACAACCCAUGGUCAUGUGACUCCGACACAGCUAUUCUACUCGACUCCAAUGAGUUCGACACCAAUGGGUCUUCCAAAAGAAUCCUCAAGGAUGCAGUCAAUGCUGGAAACUCGCGACUAGAAUGCUCCAAGCCGGAAAGUCUAAGUGGCAGAAGUCUUUUCGACCUGAGACGAGAAGAAGUUGAAGACAUAUCUGAAGAUAUCAAAAUUCGAUCGAUCACGAGUUCGUUUGAAGUGAACGAAGGCGAAGCGAUUCUUCUGCGAUGCGAAGUCACAGGAAUUCCAGUGCCGAUCAUCGAUUGGUUCGCCCCCGAUGGUGAUGAAUACUCAAUUUCCAACGACGAUUUUACGGACGUCCACAUGCAUCAAGACGGUACUCUCGUCAUUUUACACGCAGAAGACUUGGACGACGGAGAAUACACCUGCACUGCUAAAAAUAGCAAACACUCUGUCGAAGCAAAAACGACUGUAUCUGUCAGGCGGUCCAAUGUGGAUAAAGAUUUCGAAGUGUGCACUUACAAUCCUGUCGAUAAGACAUUCUUCCACGAUGUUGAAGGAUGUGUAUCACCUGUCGAGCAAGGAACUAGUUCUCCCAUCGCAAUUCAAACGAGCGAAAGAAAUACUGCCGAAAACUGUCCCCGAAGUUGCGAAUGCUCUUACAAAACUGCUGAUUGCUCUGAUCAAAAUUUAUUACAGUUGCCGAGGGUGGUUCCUCCGUACGUCAAGCAGUUGAACUUUCAAGACAACGAUCUUAUCGACUUGGAUGGUAAUAUAUGUGAAGAUUUCACAUGGCUUGAAGAGCUACUAGCAGAUCAGAACUCUGUCACCACUAUAAGUCGCAGCGCCUUUAGCAACUGUCGAGCAUUGACCAAACUGACCUUGGCCAAUAAUCAAAUACGGCUGCUUGAAAGUGGUCAAUUUUCAGGGCUCACCAAGCUGGAAACAUUAGACCUUAGUGGAAAUCUGAUUCAACACAUUCAAAAUGGCGUCUUUUCCGGGCUUGUUAGUCUUGAGAGGGUAUUUCUAAGAGACAACGAGAUCACGCAAAUAGCAUCAGAUGCAUUCCACAAUCUUCCAGCUCUCAAACUCAUCCAUCUCCAGGAAAACAAAAUAUCAAGACUCGAACGCGACUGGAUAGAGGGCGCAGCUUCGGUCACUCUUGCAACUAUAGAUCUUUAUGACAAUAAAAUUGAUUGUUCCUGCAGCUUGAAAGAAUUCGGCGCUCAUCUAAGCUCGCCAACAAGCACAAUUUUCAAGCUUAUCAAGCCAGACGAGCUUUCAUGCUCCUAUCCGAUAUCGUUGAAUGGGAAGCCACUGUCAGAGCUCGAUUUGGAUACCCUUUCGUGCCAAGAUGACAACUUACCCAUCUACGAUGAUUACAAGGAAUCUGGUGGCACGCAUUUCAUGACUUUCUUUGUUGGAAUCAUAUUUUCAAUUGCUGGAUAUCACGGUUAUCAAAAAUGGAAGAUCUGGAGAAGUCGUCAGCCAAUGCCAAGUCGAAGACGAGGCGGUGUUAAUGCAGAUCUUGACUCCGGCUUGGCUCCACUAAUAGGAGGAUCAAAUGACGACGAACGAUUUGUAUAA